AUGGCACUCGGUGCCGGAUUCAAACUGAGAGAUAAAGAACGGGAUACGAGCAAAGAGGGACUGGGAGAUGUGGCAGACUCGCCUGAUGGCCGCUUGCAGAAUGCCAGACAUGACGAGGGAGGAGUGAACGAUCCAAUCCAUGAGCCACAAAAAGAUGAUAGCAGGAAGCGGUUGAAGUCUACACGUUCUCUUCACCGUGGUCAUUCCGCCAUUGAGCCAGGGAGAGAUGUUCAACGGCACAGCUUACGCCCGCAUCACCACAGCCUCCAUGCUCAUUCCAUAGGUUGGUCUACGAUGCUGGAAGAAUGGUACUGUCGUCGCAUUAUAUCAAGUCCAAGCACCCGUUCGCUUCCUGGAACCGCGGGUGAGGAUUUAGCGGCUCGUUCUUAUCGUGAUUCCCGUACAAAACCUUCCCAUGAAGAGACACCUACAGCGCAUAAGCCGCUGGGUGGCCCAUAUGAACUACUGAUGAAGGAGCGUAUGAUGGGGUUGUAUCUUGCCGUCUUUGUCAAUGCGGAUAUCAAGCAUCUUGUGAGAGGCUCUUCUAAGGCUGCAGUGACCACCGGGCUAAUAGGUGGGAGGGUCGGCAACAAAGGUGGUGUUGCUAUCAGCAUCAAGAUUGCCGACACCACGCUUCUAUUCGUCAACGCCCAUCUGGCAGCUCAUGAAGAUAAAAUACACCACCGAAUUGCCGAUUUUGUCAAGAUAAAGAGCGAACUCAAUGUUGACGACUUCCUCUCUACCGACGAUCCGCGUUUAAUGUCAGAAGAUAUUACCGACAGAUUUGAUCACACAUUCGUUUUUGGCGACCUCAAUUUCCGUCUAGACAUCACUCGCAAUCAUGCAGACUGGCUUUUAACGAAGAAAGAAUAUAAACGGGCCUUAGCGUUUGAUCAGCUUCGUGGUGUGAUGGGUCGCGGUGAGGCAUUUGUUGGAUUCAAGGAGGCCCCCAUCACCUUUCCUCCGACCUUUAAAUAUGAUGUUCUCCGUACGCUGACGCGUCCCAAGCGCCAGACGUCCCGUAAUCACUUCUGGGGCCCGGUUUCCAAACACUUCGCUCACGACCAAAUUUUGGGUGGUAUUGACGAAAUCGGCAUGUCUCAAGCCGAAGACCACAACAGACCUGACAAUAUAUACAUGGACUCAGAUUCAGUCAUUUCGUCGACACAAGCUUCUGUCCAAUUCAUGGUCAAUGGUGAACCUAUUAUAAAAGGCGAAGAGUGUGCUUCGUCUCGAACGGGAAAACGUCACAGUAAACCUCCGCACAGACUCGGGUCAAUCGCCGCCAAAAAGAUGAAGGCGAGAUGGAUCGCGUUGAUUUCACCAUCUAGGACCCGCUCUUUUCAUCAGCAAUCGUCUAAACCGCAGAUUGCACUGCAGACAGAGCCCCUCCCUGUGUCUGCGCCACAACCAGGCAUCACUGUAUGUGCUUCGACUCGGUUUAUUGCCAGUAGACUUCCCAAGGGACCAGUAACUCGAUCCGAGCAUAAUAGCGUGGAUCGGAUCGCUUCUCCUACACCAGACUCCCCGGAGGACAGUCCCGCGGAUAAAGGCGUAUACGACUCGUCUCAUAAGCAACGUGUUCCUAGUUGGUGUGAUCGUAUCCUAUGGAAAUCAACUGUACGACAGGAUCCAGAUCCGGAAGGCGAGCUGCUAGAUACCCCUUCCUCCCGCACGCGUGUAUUUGGCCUGUUUAGCGCAUUGCGACCAAUCCGCUCGCGGAAAGAUUCGGCUGCGCGACAUGUAGCAACUACAGCAGGAUUCAGCCCUGUCGUCCGCACAGCCGAUCCCAUCCUUACCACCUUUUCUCACACCUCAGCACACAUUCCAGGUUCAAUACCAGUGCGGCAGACAUAUGUCCCCAUGUCCCGUCCAAGGUCCGUCGAUUCGUUCCCUAAACCAAUCCGGGAACAGACCACAAUCACGCGGGUAGAAACGACUACCGGCGCGAGCGCAUACGCUUCGGUGGGAAGUUCAGUGCCCUUGGUGCACUCCAAGACCCUACCGCCAGAUUUAAUCGCCUCCCGGACUCCCGAAGACCAUCAGCACUCACCAGCCAUGGCAUCUCCAGUUAAUACCAGCAGCACAUCAUCCUGGACUCCCCGUUGGCGUGGACUUGUACCAUUCCUCAAUCGCGACUCUAGGGCACAGACAAGUGAGGGCGACAGCCCUAGCCUACGGCGUCGGCCGCAACCCAAACGAGGAGACAUCAUCUGCCUGGAGUAUCGGACAUUAGAUGAUCACGGCAUGCGCAAGCUAGAGGGCCGGAGCGACCAUCGACCUGUGAUCGGUUCAUACGCCAUUUUCGUGUAG